CGCGAAGGCCAAAAGUGGUAACUUAGUGAGGUAGACAGCUAACUAGGUUUUGAAACACUGCCUGUAUCUGGCCACCAUUUUGGAGGUGAGUGUGUAGAGUUGGAGGAAGUGCUCUGAGAGCGGCGCUUGAGCUCUUCCUGCAGUUACAGGGAUGAACGCAUGAACGCGAGAGAAGAAAAUGGCGAUCGAGCAGGACAAAUGUUUCCCCUCCUAGACUCUGCAAAUGUGUUGAAUUUCUAAAGCCUUAUUAUUUGCUUUCAUUUCAUCUCUACUGCACUUUAAACUACAAGAGAGAAUUGGAUGCUAUUGCCACCAAAGACAUUGAAGAGAAGCAACACAGGGAAAUCAUUCGAAACACGGAUGAAGAGUGGACGGAGGAAAGUGUAGAGCUCAUUGGAAUGACGAUAAGGAAGAGGGGGCUGGUAUAAAGUGCCAGAACAUAUUAAGUCCAGUUUCAGCCUGCCUCAGUCUGCCAAUUAGAACAGCAGCACCUCCACUGUAACCUGCACCAUCAGCAAUGCCAAGAGGGCCCCAGCCAGCGGCCAGCCCCAAGCCCUGCCUCGGUACCCGCUCUGUGAAGUUCCGCCGCGUCUCUGUCAGCACAAACAGAAACAGCUGUUGAAGCGUGGGCAUUCCCUCACGUUCCUUGCUGCCAACCUGGGAACUCAAGUGCAGCUCAACUCUAGCCAGCCAGGGGAGCUUACAACUGAGAGGUCUGUCCUACACUGCGCCCAAAGCCACCUCUCAGGCAUGGCUCCCAUUCGGGAUUCCGUCAGCCACUCCCCUAACCAAACAGGUUUGGAACAUACUGGUCUGGAGCCUCAGUAUGAAAAUUCACCAUGGAGCUCUAGCUCACCUUGCGGUGACUCGAACAGCAACUGGGGAAAAGUUAUUGUAGAUAAGGGACCCUGGCCCUCCAUCUCUGGUAGUGACCCAGAGUUGGCCUCAGAAUGUAUGGAUGCUGACUCUGCCUCCAGCUCUGGGUCAGAAAAAAAUCUUAGUAUGAUGGCGUCUGGGAGCGCUGGUGGCGACAGCAAUGGCAAUAGACAAGGUUCUCAUUUCAUGGUGGCAAAUGGCAGCAAUAAUGUGGGUAAUGGGAGUGUUAAGGGGUCUUGGGGUGUAUCCAAUGGCUCAAUGCUAAGCACAUGUCAAGGCUCCAUUGAGGGCCCCAGCAGCAACCUGGCAGAAAGCAGCCAUGUCAAAAUAAAUGCAUGGGGUACCCAAGGUUCCUCAACCAAUGUAGGUAUAAAUCCAAGCACUUUGAACCCAAAUGCCAACCAUGGUGCCUGGCCCAUUCUUCAGAACACUGGGCCCAACCCCCAUGGGCCUGUGGGGAAUGGAAAUGGUGGCACCAACACUCAACAAAGCACCAUAGGUCAAACACCCAGCAUGCCGAGUAUCAACUCUAAGAUGUCCUGGGGAUGCCUGCAGGAAAAUAUGUCUGAAGCUGAAGUCAAUGGUACAAACAAGGUUCCAAGUGGGCAGCCUCAAAACCUUAACACUGAAUUUAAUGGACCAAAUAACACUACUAACACGAUGACCUCUAGUUUACCAAACUCUACAGGUUCAAUGCAGAUGAAUGAACAGCCCCCAGGGCACAGAGCUUGGCCUAUGAGUACAGGGUGCUCCCCUCAGCUCCCUAUUUCUCCAGUCUCUAAUGGCACUUCCAUUUCUCAACAUGGCAACAGUGAGGGAAUUAACAGUCGGUCUUAUGGUACAGCAUGGGGCAUUUCACCCAGCACUAAUUACUCUGGAGACAAAUGUCCUGUCCCUAAAGGCCAAGCUGUGGGCGACACUGUGAAUGCAACUCUAAUGCAGUCUGGAGCCAACAGCUCCUCUGUGAGUGCUGCUUCUUUAAAGAAUAAUAAUAAUAACGGGAUGGGCGGUCGUGGAGGAGGUUGGGACUCAGCACCCGCUACCUCACAAAAUAUGUCUUGGGGAGCAGGCAGUGUUGUAGGCCCUGUUGGGAUCCCUCACCCCUGGGGGAGUGCCUCCUCCUCAUCUUCCUCUUCCUCAUCCUCUUCAAACACUGGCACUAAGGUCUCAAAUGGGGAGUGGAACACUUUACCCAGCAACAGUCAGCAUUCCAAUGAUAGCACGAAUGGAAGCAAGAAGGGAACAAAUGGAUGGAAGUCCUUGGAGGAUGAUGCUCUUGGUAUAGGGAGCUCUGGUCAACCGUCACAAGCCAGCACAUGGAACAAGUCUACAGGCAGUGAAGGAAGUGGAGAGAGCUCGGGAGGUCACAGUGAGAGGGAUGGGCAACGUGGUGGCAACCGAAGGAGGGGUAAUCAGCAUGGCAUGAUCAAUGCAGCUCUCUCUAGAAUUGACGUGGACCCCAGGGUGUUGUCCAACACGGGGUGGGGACAAACUCCAGUCCGUCAGAACACUGCAUGGGAUGUUUCAAGCUCUGAUAAAAAGACAGGAAAUGGACAGACAGGCUGGGGUAGUGCUCCCCCUCAGGCAUCUAACUCAGGUGGUUGGGGAGAUGGACCCAGCACCAACAAAAGUAGCAAUUCUUCGGUAUCUGGGUGGUCUGAAUCAAAACCUUCAACUGGCUGGGGAGAAACCAAAGGCCCAGUUGGGCAAAGUGGAUGGGAGGAUGCCUCUUCUGUUACAUUGAGCAAGGGUGGUUCCUCAUGGAAUGGUGGCAAGGAUGAGAAGUCCUCUUGGAAUAAUGCACCAAAAGCAAAGCAGGGAUGGUGCGGAGAAGGCCCAAAGGGAAACCAUUGGGGGGAGACCCAGAAGUCUGGUUCAGGUGGCUGGGACAGUGACAGCGACCGCUCUGGAUCAGGCUGGAGUGAGCCUGGGCAGUGUGGGACAAGCAACACCUGGGGAGGCAGCGGAGGCACCAACACACCUGACCAGAGUGGUCCUACCACAGGAUGGGGAGAGCCACCCAAGACCAACAAUCAAAACCAAACCUGGGGCGAGCCAAUCAAACCAAGCCACUCUAACCCCACAUGGGUUGACAAUUCAAAACCGAACAAUUCUUCAGAGUGGGGCAAGUCCCAAGAUUCCAGCAUGGGAAUGUUCAGGAGUGGGAACACCUCUCAAACUGGAGCCCCUGGUCAGAACAAGCCUACAGGAUGGCUGGGAGGCCCAAUUCCUACUGCCUCCAAAGAAGAAGAAUCCACUGGAUGGGAAGAGCCAUCACCUGAAUCCAUCAGGCGUAGAAUGGAGAUUGAUGAUGGUACUUCAGCAUGGGGAGAUCCCAACAAGUAUAAGUGCAGCAAUGUAAAUAUGUGGAACAAGAACACUGCUGGAGAGCAGGAUGGCAUGGCUGUUUCUCAGCCCCCACAGGCCCAAAGCUCUAUGGCUCCAAAGGAAAAGAACUGCAGCUCAGGUGGGUGGUCCUCUACCUGGGGUGAGCAUGCUGCUCCACCUGUCACUGUGGACAAUGGCACAUCUGCUUGGGGAAAGCCUGUUAAUACAGGUUCCAGCUGGGAAGAGCCGGGGAGGAAAAUCUCAGGAGGCAGUAGCUGGGGCAACACUGCUAUAGGACAGCAGUCACAGCACAAGUCUGGAUCCAAACCUAUGCAAGAUAACUGGGGUGGAGAGGAGAUGUCCAUGACAGGGCACUCCAACUGGGAGGAGGAAAAGGAAUUAGAGAUGGGCAUGUGGAACAACAAUAUAUCACAGGAAAUGAACCAAUAUGGAAACUGGCCCUACAAGAAGGUGCCUCCAAAGCUUAACAAAGGCCCCAAUAAGCAAGAUGAUACUCAAUGGAUGAAUCCGCUUGUGAAACAGCUCAACAACAUGUACCCUAGGGAUUCUGCUGAAGAUUCCCUUAAGAGCAAUAAGAUGGAUAUGUCUGGAGGAAUGACAGACAAGCGCAUUGAUGUUGACAAGCACGUUUUUAAUAUCGGAGAGUACGGGAAAAAUACUGCUUCACGCCACCAGAUCCACAAAGACUCUCCUAUGGACCGUAAUCCCUAUAUGGAUAAGAAUGUAAACAUGUAUGGUGUCAGUAAUGCAGCAGCACAAGGCCGGAAUGCACAGCAGCCUCCAGCACAACCUCUGAACUCUGCUCAGCCCAGUCUACGCAACCAAGUGCCUCCUCCACUACUUCCCUCUCAGGUCCCGCCACCCCUGUUGAAGUACUCUCCCAAUAAUAGUGGUCUGAACCCUCUGUUUGGCCCACAGCAGGUGGCUGUGCUGAACCAGCUGUCCCAGCUCAACCAACUGUCUCAGCUUUCUCAGAUUAAUCAGUUACAGCGUCUCCUUUUGCAGCAAAAAGCGCAAAGCCAGAGAGCCAUGCCUGUUAACAGCCGCCAGCAACAGGAACAGGGUCGUGGUCUGGGUCCGUCCCAGCAGAUGAUCCAGGCUUCCCGCCAUCUCGAUCCCUCGCUGAUGAAGCAGCAGACUUCCCCUCAGCCACCCUCGCUGCACCAGCCCAGCCUCAAGUCCUGCAUGGAGAACUUCAUGCCCCUCAAUGCCUCUGACCUGCAGAAGGAACAAAGUUCCUUGAGCUCGUUCAGUAAUUUCCCUUUAGGUUUGAACUCAAACUUGAAUGCAAGCAACCUGGACAUUGGCAGUGUUGGUUUUAAGGAGCCACAGUCCCGUCUGAAGAAGUGGACUGCCAUGGACAUUUCCGUUAACUCGCCACUUGAUCAAAACCCCAGCAAAUCUGGUGCUAUAACAUCUGGCCUGAGGCUUGAAGACUCGCCCUUUGGUCCAUAUGACUUCAUCAAUGCCGGUAACGCUCCCAUCAGUCCUCCUGGCUCUGUGGGAGAUGGCUGGCCCAGCCGUGCCAAAUCACCUCAUGGUUCCACCAAUGUCAACUGGCCACCAGAGUUCCGUCCUGGUGAGCCCUGGAAAGGAUAUCCGAACAUUGAUCCUGAAACUGACCCAUUUGUCACUCCUGGCAGUGUGAUUAAUAAUCUCUCCAUUAAUACAGUCCGGGAUGUUGAUCACCUCAGGGACAGGAACAAUGGGCCAUCCUCAUCACUUAACACCACGCUGCCUUCAAAUAGUGCCUGGACAUCCAUUCGUGCCUCCAACCACAAUAGUUCCCUCAGCAGUACAGCACAAAGCACUUCAGCCAGAAACAGUGACUCCAAAUGGUCUCCUGGCACAGUCACCAACACCUCUUUGGCUCACGAGCUGUGGAAGGUUCCUCUCCCCUCAAAAGGUAUCUCUGCUCCGUCCCGCCCCCCGCCUGGCCUGACUGGCCAGAAACAGCCCUCAUCUUGGGACAACAGCUCUCUGAGACUGGCAGGCUGGGGUAGCUCUGAAUCCAGAUUCAACUCUGGUUCCAGCUGGGGUGACAGCAGCUCAGGGAGAACUAAUUGGCUUGUUCUCAAAAACCUCACACCUCAGAUUGAUGGCUCCACCUUGCGAACUCUGUGCAUGCAGCACGGUCCACUGAUCACAUUCCAUCUGAACCUUCCCCAUGGCAAUGCUGUCGUCUGCUACAGCUCUAAGGAGGAGGCGGCAAAAGCCCAGAAGUCACUGCACAUGUGUGUAUUAGGGAACACUACUAUUCUUGCAGAGUUUGCUAGUGAAGAGGAAAUUAAUCGUUUCUUUGCACAAGGUCAGUCAAUGACUGCCUCUCCUAGCUGGCAGACGCUGAGCUCUUCUCAGAACCGGAUCGGAUCCAUCGAGGGUUCUCACCCCUUCCCAAACCGCACUGAUCCAAAUCACUGGAACGGCAGCGGAGACCUGCACGGCUCGUCUCUCUGGGGUGUUCCCAAUUACUCCACGAGCCUGUGGGGGAGCCCCAGUGGUGGUGAGGGGGGUGGAAUCAAUAGUCCCUCCUCCAUCAGCUCCUUCCUUCCUGUUGACCACCUGACGGGAGGUGGGGAGUCCAUGUAGAGCAUCUUUCACCUUCUGACUUAAAAACUAAACACAAAAAAACAACAACUAACAUUCAAACCCGUGACCUCAAUGUGGAAAUAGUUAAUCAUAAUCAUAUGACCAUAUAUAUAUAUUAUAUAUAUAUAUGAAAAAAAUCAAAUGGCACUAGUUAGACUUUCUUCACUUACAAAAAGAAAAAUAAAAUAAAAAAAUACGGGGUCACCCUGUGGAAACAAGUUACAUUUUUUUCUGCACAUAUGUCCACUUUGUUUUAGCCCAAAACAUAUCAGUUUGAAUACUUGAAUUAUGCAGGCCAAUUCUAUAAUGUGAAAGGAUGUAUUUACACUUCCAGGUAGUGCUCUUCAUACAGAAAAAAGCUUCAGUUGAGCUCAUCUGUUUGCUCAUCUGUUUAUUCAUCAUGUUUAUUUGAAUUCCAAUUCUUUUUGUUUUGUUUUUAUUAUUUGCAUUUUGUUUGCUGACAAUGUUGGAGUUUGAGCUUUUUUAACUUUGCACUGAAUGUGGUUUUUCUCAGUAUAAUCUGCAAUAUGGAGGGAGCCGACAGUUCCAGUGUAGUUGUUUACUCAAGGAUGUUCUUAAAGUGUGCGCUCUACUAUGCCUUGAUGUACGCCUACCUUAUUGUGGUAUUGUGGAGUUCGAGAUCAAGAUAUAGAAGCUGACUUAGGAUUAUUUGAUGAUAUUACAGAAAUAAGUAUUGCACCAAUUUUUUUUUCUUCAAACUAAAGAAUUUAGCUCUGCAGUCUAAAAAACUGUAGCCACAGCUGUGACUUGCAAACCCGACCUGCAAGCCAGGGGGAACAGCACUUUCAAAAUAGGCUUUCAAUUUUGUUUUGGAGGCAUCACAUUGUGCCCUCUUGUUUACAAAACUUUUUGAGGGGGAAAGUAUGGUCAUUCUUCCUUUUAUUUUAAACGGGAAAAAAAAUGCAUAAAGAAUAAUAAAAAAAAAAAAUCUUACAAAAAUUAUAAAAUUAAAAAAAAAAAAAUUUAAAAAAAAAAUAACGAAAAAAAAAAUCUUGAGGAUGAAGACGAAGCUUUUUAUCUCUGGGAAUACUGAUCAGUGUUUGGCCAUGUCAUUGGUUAUUUUAUCUAUUCCUCUUGUCUGCUAAAUAACCAGCAUGGUUCUCAGGAAAUAUAGCCAGUUUUCCCCCAUAGAAACUCCUUGUAGGAAAAUCCAACUUUUAGCACUGAAACUACUUAUAGCUCUGUAAGUUUUUCUCUGCCAAAUAACUGCUUUAAGCUGGAGACAUUCUACGUACUGCUUCGAAUAUGCUGUCUUUUUAUUAAUGAGUGGAUAUGGUUUGCUGAAUCACUAUCUAGUCCUCCUUCCCUUUUUCCCACUGAGUGGCUCAAUGUUUUUCGCUUUGUGACUGUCGAAGUAACUGUCAAAAGUCAUAAGAAAAAGCAGAAAUCUGUAACUAUGCAUACUGUAGCCAAUGACUCGGCGUACAGAAUCGCUUUUUCUUUGUCUGAAGUAAUGUUUUAUAUGUUUCAGUAAUUUGCAUAUACAUUGUUUGAUAUAUAUACAUAUAUAUAUAUAUAUAUAUAUAUAUAUAUUUUCCUCAUCGCCAGAGCUGGUGUUAAAGAAAAUCUUGUUUGGUUAUUUUAACAUUGCAAAAGUCGUCCACAUUUCAUUGCCUUGAUUCAAAUUGUGUCCGAAGAUGCAACAAGUCAAGUGGCUUUUAACUGUUUACAAAUAGAAAAUGAUUGUAAUGUGUACAGUUUGGUUGUGUUAAUCUGAAGUUCCUUACAAUAUUAAUAAAUCAAUGUUUUGGCUGCUCAUUACCAUUUUAUUUUAAUUUUCUUUUUUUCUUUUGUUCUCCCCGUUUCCCUCCCUUUUUUUCCCCCUUCCUCAAAGCUGGUUUGUCAUUGAAAAUGGCUUGCCUCUGUACUUGUGGCCACGGAAGGCUGGAUUAGAGGUGAAUGUAAUCAAUUGCUGGUCGUUUAAAUGAUGUGCAUAGAUUUACAGACUAUUUACCUUUUAUUGUACUAUAUUUUAGAUGCACAAUUUAUGAGACGCUUCAAGAGCGGGAGGGAGAGAAAGAUGUCAGCAUUAGGCUAAGCCAUGGACCUUAAUAUUUGUUUAAGAUGAUGUUUCAUCUCCCUUUUGUUUUAUUUGGUGUGUUAACUUAUCCAUAUUUAAUGACUCGUCGUACAAAACCCUGAGUAUUACCCUCACUUUAUGGUUGCGUGCCAGUAUUGAACCAUUUCAAGUGACUGCUUUACCAAAUAAUCUUCAAUCAAAGGUUUUGUUUACUUAAUUCCAGACCUGGCUUAUCUCAGUUUGUUUGUUUGACAAAUUUGAAGUGGAACAUUGGAGAGAAACUACAUAACGAAAGCUGAAAAUGAGUUUUUGGAAUUGCACUUGGUGUAUACAUUGAACUAGAAAAGCUUGUACUGUAUUUGUGUUCUGGAGGCGGAGUGUAGCUUUUGGAGACUGGACGGCAUGGACAGAGGAAUUUGCCUUUUGUCUUUUUAUUCUUCGUGUACAUUGGCUAGACUCUUAAAUGGUGCGUUUGUGCCUGCAUGCUUGAGUGGUCCGCUCCAUUCCUGCACAUCAGGAGCUUAAGUAUUCUCCUCUUGUUUGGGGGUGUAUAACUGCACGUAUCACUGAUGGUUUUGCCGUGACUUUAAUUCCCUCGAUGUGGAUCGCUCAAUCUUUUGUGCUUUAGUUACAUGUUCGAAUGCAUCCGGAGUAGCGUUAGUCCUUUCUGGAAGUGCUUUACCAAUGGUUCUGAAUGGGUUCUUCCCUGCUGUCUUGGCAAACGUGCUAGUUUCCCUGUACUUUGUGACUUUUUACUUUGGAAAGCUUCGGGAAAAGCCAUUGGCACCCAGUUUAUUUCCAGUUCAUUUUUUCCCCCUCCCUUCUUUUCCUCUUAAUUUUAUGUAUGUGCAGCUGUUUGGUGUUACAUUUUAAUAAUUCACUGUCAUGCCAAAUUAUCAAGUUGGGGGAGGAAAGGGAUUUGUUCUUUUGUAAAAGCUAGACAAUGUAUAUGCUUCAAAUGUCACUUGCAAAAUGGAUGUUUUGAGGAUAUUCAUGAGCAAUGUACAAUCCCCAUUUUUAUAGCCAGGUUGAACGUAGAGGAAAUGAAAAAGUGACUUGGCCUGACAUUCUACUUUUGUACUGAAAAUGUCAUUUCUUUUCUGAUUUAUCCUGUGAGCAAAUAUACCCAUGUCUUUUAAAUGGUUCCUACUGUUGAACAAUGUGCUAAGGCAAUUGACUUAAACUGUGAGUAUUGCUGUCAUGUCAUUAUAAACCCAAAAAGCUUUAGUAAAACCAGCACAAGAAAAUGGAUGAACGAGAGUUUAAAUCGAAACUUCCACCAUGGGGAAAUUCUAAGAGAGUCUAUGCAGUGUAGGGUGAGGCUUCCAUGUCUGUGUCUUUGUAAUCUUAAUAAAAUCCUGACCGCGGUAGUGGUCGGAUUUAAAAAUACGAUUCCUGUAAUGUGCCAUGAUUGGAAUUUUUUUUUAACUUUUUGUCACGAAAAAUUGGCCAGUUGUAGCAAAAGGAGGGUUGCAUUAACAUUUCCUUUUUCACAGCGCUCCUCACAGAACAGGCUGUGGAAUAGCAAAUUCUCAACUCCAACAUUUCUUCUAGUGGUCUUUGCUCACAUGUAACCUAUAUGCACACUGCUUUGGUAGACUGUUUGAAAAUUAAUAGAAAUAAACAUCAAUAAGAUAACUUAAAUGAGCAGGAAGUUCUUUUCAGCGUCUUCCUGGGGUCAUCUUAGAAUUUUAACUUGGGGAACUGCACUUUUUGAAGGACAAUCCUUAUUUGUAUUGGUAACAAUUGACACAAGGUUUAGUCUAGUAAUACAUGGUAGAUAUUCAAAUGUGUAGUGAUGAAUGUUUCCUGUAAUGCUGUUUUUCUUGUUUAGUUUUUUUUUUUUUUCUUCUCUUUGUUGCUUGGUUUUCGAUUUUAGUACCCUUAAGUGCAUAUGUAACGAGGUAGUUGAGGUAGAGUAGUUUUUAGUUCUUUUGUUGGCUGUACUUGUAGACUGAUAACUGUUUGUAAAGUCCUGAUCUUGAUAUCGGAAUACAAAGCUGUAUAACUUGGGUACAACCCGCAAUAAAGCCUAACAGUGA